UCGCAGCACUUUUGAAGUAAACAAUCAACAUGGCCGCCCAUCAAGGCAACGGAGCAGUGCCACAGUAAAAUCGACCUUUUCAUGUCAAACUGGUUAAUAUAGAAAAAUCACGAAGAUGUCGGAUAUUUUGUCACCCGGAGGAAACCUCUCUCGUCGUUCGAAUUUAAAGAUCGCAGCAGGAGCUGUCAUUUGUGACGAGAGUAUUCUUAAGGGCGAUAUCACAAUAGGAGCAAAAACUGUAGUGCAUCCACGAGCCAGUAUAAUAGCGGAAGCUGGACCGAUUGUGAUCGGUGAGGGAAACAUAAUUGAGGAAAUGGCAACGAUAAUAAACAGGUCACAGUCGGAUCGGACGGCCGAUGGGGAUUCUGCGUCUCAAGUUCAGCACAUUGGAAAUUACAAUGUUUUUGAGACAGACUCCACUUGCGAGGCUCUCAGAGUCGGCGACAAUAAUAUUCUUGAAACCAAAGCCAUGGUCGGUCAGGGUGUGCGUUUGACCAACGGAUGCGUCGUAGGAGCAGCCUGUUCGAUCCAACAAUCGGAUACGAUUCCAGAAAACACUAUUAUUUAUGGAGCCCUGUGUCAACGUAGGGAAAUGAACGACAAACCUUACCCUCAAAUGGGUCAGCUGGAUUUCCUUAUAAGAAUUUUACCAAACUAUCACCAUCUGCGUAAGCCAAACGUCAAACUCGCCAAGAGCGAACCCGCCGUCUAAACCCAGGCAUUCGUUGCUGCUGUUCUCAGUAUUCAUUCGUCGCUGCAUCAACGACGUCGAUGGUAUUGAAAGCCCGGAGAGCUGACGGACAAACAAUUUUAUUUUUCAAUUUGUACAUACGGCUGCUCCUCUUAGUAUCCGUACUAAUUUUUUUUGUUUAUUUCUCUUUUUUUUUCGUUGUUUUUGUUAACCAGGAUGAGUCGAUAAUAAAAAAAUUCGACAAAUUGA